UCAUGCUGCUUGCCAAGUCCAGAGUCUCUCAUGGGUCCCUGUACGGAUCCUCCCAUUGCUGCUGUCUCCAUCGCCACACUCUGCCAUGUGCCACUUUCAGGUCUCCUCACACUGCUGGUGUGUUCCAUUUUUUUGUCAUAGGGUGCUGGCAGAUUACGGGCCUCCCAUAGCUGCUGCCAGGCCCCUAAUCUGCCAUGGGCCCCCUAUACCGCCGCCUCCUCAUGCUGCUGCCAAGUCCAGAGUCUCUCAUGGGUCCCUGUACGGCCUCCCAUUGCUGCUGCCUCCAUCGCCACACUCUGCCAUGUGCCACUUUCAGGUCUCCUCACACUGCUGGUGUGUGUUCCAUUUUUUG